AUGGCACGACUGAUGAGCAUGACUGUUGCCACGAACAACAACACUACAAAGUCCCACUUGGAAUGUUUCCACAAAGAUGAUGCCUUCAAGUACAGCGCGUACAGAUACACGUAUCUGCUCGUGUUCCCUGUGGCGCUUAUCUGCAACAUCGGGGCGCUGGCGGUGUUCUUCAGGCAGAGCAGCCGCAGGAGGUCGGCCUCCUGUGUGAUCAUGAUGAACCUCGCCAUAUCAGACGGCAGCUUCUCCCUGACCCUCCCGCUGCGAUUGGCUUAUUACUUUAAUGAAGGGAAGUGGUUCUUCCCAGACUGGAUGUGCCGACUGUGCGUCUUUGGCUUCUACGUCAACCUGUACACCAGCAUCCUCUUCCUCACUCUGCUGAGCGUGCUGCGCUGGUUGGCUGUUGCUAAGCCGCUCCGUCACCGCUCUUUAGCUACGCCUGCUCGAACCUUAUGGAUCUGCCUGGGAGUCUGGGUGUUUGUGGGCGGAUCCUCUGUGCCCUUCCUGUCCAAUGGGGUUGUACAUAGGAACAAUGCAACUCGCUGCUUUGAGCCAGAAACCCCAAAGUCCUGGUCGAUUAUCCUGGUGUUAAACUACGUGGCGGUGACUUUUGGUUUCCUCAUACCUUUCCUCACCAUCAUCAUCUGCUACAGCAAAAUCAUUCGACAGCUAACGGCCGACUCGAGCCCCAGCGGCACCAACCUGGCCAGCAAGAAUCGCACUCGCAACCGGAGGCGCUCGGUGCAUUUGGUCAGCAUGGUAACAGCGACCUUCCUGCUCUGCUUUCUGCCCUAUCACCUGGUCCGCUCGCUGCACCUGCACGCAGUGUGCAACCGCUGGAACUGCAACAUCUUGCUGGCCCUGCAGCGAGGGGUGGUGGUGACCCUGUGUCUGGCAGCGUCGAACAGCAUGGUCAACCCGCUGCUGUAUUACUACUCCACAAGGACGUUCAGGGAAAACUUGAGGGAAGCCCACUCCUCACUGCUGUCCAGCAGAGGAGGAUCCAUCAAAUCGGCGAGCAUGAAACGGAGGAACACCAGCUGA